AUGCUGAAUCCUUGGCCUGAACCCAAACUUAAAUUGAAUGAUAACAAUCUAUUACCAUUACCAGACGAAGAAGUUGUUAGUGAAGACGAACUUGAAGCACCAUCUCGGGAUGAUCUCGAUACAGAUUCUGAAGAUGGUCACGAUAAUAAAAUUGAAGUCAAUGCUAGCAUGUCACUUGACGAUACUAUUAUUGAUCAUGAAAUAGAAGCAUACGAACAAGAUACUGAUAAGAUUGAAACACUAUGUACAUUUUUAGAAAAAUAUAAACCGACCAAGGAAUGUAUUGAAAAACGUGAAACAAUCUUAAAUUAUCUUGAAACAGAAUUUCGAAAAAAAUAUCCCAAUUGUAGUGUACGUGCAUAUGGUUCAUUCUAUAAUGGUUUUGGUUUUCAGCUAAGCGAUCUCGACUUGAAUGACAAUCAAUCAACUAACACUUCGAAUGUUCGAAAAUAUGCUGAUUGGAAUAUUUACUUCUAUGAUGAUUUAACUCAACUUAAUAAAGUAUGGAACGGUUAUGGAUUGAACAAAUUAUCAUCAGGUGAAUUAUGGAUUGAAUUGUUACGUUAUUAUACAGAACUAUUUGAUUAUGAAAAAAAUAUUGUCACUAUUCGACAAUAUGAACCAUUAUCACGUUUGGAAAAAGGAUGGUUUCGUCAAACUAUUGCUAUUGAAGAUCCAUUUAUUUUGACUCAUAAUUUAGCUGAUACAUUGUUUCUGAAAAGUUAG